CACACCGCCAAUUGUCGGUACUCACAAGUCACAGCACCAUCAUCAAUCACAAAGACCACUCACCGAUCGCCGUCAUCGUUCACGAUCUGCAGUUGCUGUUUUUCAUCGGAUUGUGUGCUGUUCUGCUGCUUCUCCGUGAUUAUAUUUUGAGAAAUUCCACGCUCAGAAAUUCAGACUCGCCUCGCCAUUAUUGGGGACAAAUUAGGGUUAAGCUUUUGAGAAAUUUUAGAGACAGAAAGAUAAGCAAAAAAAAAAAAUUGAAGCAGACGCGACAAGGUGUGUGUGUGCUCGUCAAUGGCGGAAAGUUACCAGCAGCGGUUCUUAUAUAACUUUUUUUCCCAUCCUCUACCUGAAUAUGCGUAUGUGUGAAUCCAUCAUUGCUGGGAGUAAAAAGCUCUCUCUCUCUUCCUCUCUAUUUUGAGAAUUUAGUGGUCCACGCAGGCACCUCCUUCAUAUCUGCCUCUUCGUUCACCACGUGGUUUGCUUUCUACGAUCUCUGCAACAGCACAGCACCGCUUGCCAUAACCACGCUUUGUUGCAGUCCUCAGUUCAUCUUUCACUUCCUCAAUUCUGUCCUCGAUCGGAGGGGAUGAAUUUUUUCAAUUUGGGGAAGUAGGGUUCAUGGACUGAUUGGCUCUAAAUUGUGCAUUCUAGAGCUUCAAAUUGGGGGAAAUGGCUUUGAUUCUUCGGUUUCGGAAGCUCUGUUUCUUCGAGCAGGCUAAGUGUUGGUCGCGUGAUGAAAAAGCGCUUGAUUCCCCCAAAAAUGAUCGGAAAACCGCCGCCGGCGACGAUUCUGCUUCGCCGGAAGAAAAAAAGCAGCGGAAGAAGAAGGAGAAAAGCUCCAGAGAAUGGCGGUGCAUAGAUUCCUGCUGCUGGAUGAUCGGAUGCUUAUGCACUGCUUGGUGGCUGCUGCUCUUCGUCUACCAUUGUUUGCCUGGACUGCAGGCGCCGGAGCCGCCUGGUGCGCGGCUGAAACGCGACGGUCUGGCGGCGCUCCACCCUGUCGUCCUCGUCCCCGGCAUUGUCACCGGCGGUCUCGAGCUCUGGGAAGGCCGGCCGUGCUCCCAUGGCCUCUUCCGCCAGCGCCUCUGGGGCGGCGGCAGCUUCACCGAGAUAUUCAAGAGGCCAAUGUGUUGGUUGGAGCAUCUUUCCCUGGACAAUGAAACAGGGCUUGAUCCCCCCGGCAUUCGUGUCCGGGCGGUGCCGGGGCUUGUUGCUGCCGACUAUUUUGCGCCGGGGUACUUCGUGUGGGCGAUUCUGAUCGAGAAUUUGGCGCGCAUUGGGUACGAGGAGAAGAACAUGUAUAUGGCUGCUUAUGACUGGAGAUUAUCCUUCCAAAACACAGAGGUUAGGGACAAAACUCUAAGCAGAUUGAAAAGCAAAAUUGAGCUAAUGUAUGUGACGAAUGGAUUCAAGAAGGUCGUCGUGGUGCCUCAUUCGAUGGGUGUAAUCUACUUCCUGCAUUUCAUGAAAUGGGUCGAGGCUCCUCCUCCAAUGGGUGGGGGUGGCGGCACCGGCUGGUGCGCCAAGCACCUCAAAUCAGUGAUGAACAUUGGCCCUGCCUUUCUUGGCGUUCCCAAAGCCGUCAGCAACAUGUUGUCGGCGGAGAGCAAAGACGUCGCGUUUAUAAGGGCUAUGGCUCCCGGUCUCUUGGAUAGCGAGAUGCUCGGCCUCCAAACACUCGAGCACGUGAUGCGUGUAUCCCGAACAUGGGACUCAAUCAUUUCGUUAUUUCCGAAAGGGGGAGAAGCCAUUUGGGGGAACUUGGACCAUUGUCCCGAGGAAGAUCAUAGAUGCGACACGGCUACACGCGCCGAAGGCAAUAGCAGCGACGGCGGGCAUGGAUUUCGAUUACCCGAAUCGACAAACUACGGGAGGAUCGUCUCUUUUGGAAAGAAGGCGUCGCAGUUGCAUUCUUCCGAGCUCUCUACCCUUAGUUCUCCGCUAUCUCCGUUCACCGCCGCCGCCGUCGCUCCGUCGCCGACACCCACGUUGGGCAAUAAAGUUUGGACUGAAUACGACGAGGUGAACCGCGCAAGCAUCUUGGGAGCUUCGGACAACAAAGCAUACACGGCGGACACUUUGUUGGAUCUUCUUCGCAGUAUCGCUCCGAAGAUGAUGAAACGAGCCGAAGCCCAUUUCUCCCACGGUAUUGCAGAUAACCUCGAUGACCCGAAAUACGACCAUUAUAAGCAUUGGUCGAACCCGCUCGAGACGAAAUUACCCAAUGCGCCGGAAAUGGAGAUAUAUUGUCUUUACGGAGUCGGGAUUCCUACGGAACGAUCUUACGUCUACAAGUUAUCGUCACCCAGGAAGCACCGAAGCAUCCCUCUCCGAAUUGACACUUCCGCUAACGGCGGUCGAACCGGCAGCUGCCUUAAGGGCGGCGUGUACUUUGUCGAUGGAGACGAGAGCGUGCCGGUUUUAAGCGCGGGGUUCAUGUGCGCGAAAGGCUGGCAAGGGAAGACUCGGUUCAACCCGUCGGGGAUAGCGACUUACGUGCGCGAGUAUCGGCAUAAGAUGCCGGCGAAUCUGCUGGAGGGUCGGGGCGUGGAGAGCGGCGGACAUGUCGAUAUUAUGGGGAACUUUGGGCUGAUCGAAGAUGUGCUGCGCGUCGCUGCCGGGGCAUCCGGUGCGGAAUUGGGCGGCGACCGGGUGUUUUCGGAGAUUCGUAAAAUGUCAAAGAGGAUAAGUAUUGAGCUGUGAAUCGAGGAUCGGAUCAGCCAUGGAAGUUUUGAGGAAGAAUUGAAUUGAUGUAGAAAGAAAUGUAAUAAGAAUGAAUGUUUGUUGCUAUCUGCAAGAGGUAUAAAGAAGAAGGUUUGUUUUUUUGAAAUAAUUUGAAGGAAUAUUUUUUAUGUAACGAAUAGAGAAUUGUAUAGAUUCUAUAAAAAUAAUGAAUACCUCUAAUAUA